UACACCCCUGCUUGUUACCCUUUAUGGCAUAGAUGUCUGCAUCUGCAAUUGGUGCGACCACUGCACAAAUAAGACUAAUUUUCUGUUCCCCGCGAAUUAUGUUCGAACAAGUCUGCAGCUUUUUGUGAUCUGGUGAUAUAUUAGCAUUUCAGAUAUUUUAACCAGACUAAUUAGAAGUUACAAUAUACAGUAUAGAUCCAAGAGACUUUAGUUUUAUCCAGAGAUUCAGGUGAUUCCCGUCCAGAUUAAAUAGAAGAUAUGGCGGAAAAGUCUCCAAAUGAUGAAAGUGGCCUAGAUGAUUCAAUAUCUGGUGAAUUUCCAGAAAAUGCUGAUAGUACUGAGAAAUCACAGAAGUUGAAUGAAAGUGAUACAGGCACGGUGCCUAAAAAGAUACGUCUGCAUACCCCUAGUCCUGGUCCUGAGCCAUUCAUGGUACAACCAUCUCCUCCAAAGUUUGUAACAUUUGAUGACUUGAUGGCUGCUGCAAGUGGUGUAAGGAAUAUGAGUCUUGCCCAUGAGAUUGCUGUUGAUUCCAACUUUAAAUUUGAGAAUGUGCAACAACCUGGGUCUAGUCUGCAAAAGCAAGUGAAAGAAAUUAUACACAAAGCAUUCUGGGAUGCAUUCAGUGAGAAGUUGGAGGAAAAUCCACCUGACUUUGGACAUGCUGUGGUUCUCAUUAAAGAAGUGAAAGAGAGUUUGAUGUCUGUGUUAUUGCCCCAGCAUAAACGCUUACAGUCACAGAUGGAGGAAGUUCUUGAUCUAGAUCUUAUUCAACAGAAGCUUGAGAAUGAUGCAUUCGACAUUUAUUACUACUCCGAUUAUGUAGUAGGCAUUAUGGGUAAAUUGUGUGCUCCUGCCAGGGAUGAUCGUAUAGCCAAAUUGAAGGAAACGAAAGAAAUCGUGCCAUUGUUUAAGGAAAUAUUUGAAGUUCUUGACCUGAUGAGGAUGGAUAUGGCUAACUUCACCAUACAACAGAUUAGACCAUACAUACAGCAACAAUCAGUAGAAUUCGAGAAGAAAAAGUUUGAAGAAUUUAUAAUGAAACAGCAAGAGGCUGGCAUAGACGGUCUUGAGCUUACAAAGUGUUGGUUGGCAAGAAGUUUUGAGAACUUAAAGUCAAGGCCAGUAGCUCCUGAAGAGGAAGUUUCCCAACCAAACAUGCCCACCCCAGCAGCUAUUCUAAAUGGUGCUUAUAUGGAAUUAUUGCAGUGGGAUACUAGCAGAAUUUUUCCAGAGACCCUUGUAUUAGACCAAAGUAGAUAUCUUGAGUUAAGAGAACAGACACUGCGUCUCACAAUGGUUACAUCAAUAUUA